GUUUUGGCCAUCACCAUAAGCUUGACGUUGCAAGGCGCAUAUGACGACUUUUCUGGGCUGAGAUUUGCAAUGCUCUACACGGAAGACUUGGCGUCUGCGAAUGCUGACUUGUAUAUAAGUGCCCAUGCAGCUGCAACUUUUGCUAACUUAACGCAAUAAGACCAUUCCUCAGUACAUCAAACAUGGUACCCGGGAGCCGCACACAGCCUUACAUCGCUCGCUUUGACGCCUCGAGUGCCUCGACCACUUCACAGCACUUGAUCGACACGAUCAAACGGGACGGCGGCGUCAUUGUUGAGAACCUGAUCACCCUUUCUCAUGCUGAGAGAAUUCGAAGUAAUCUUGGGCCUCACUUCGAUGGGGACAAACCAGAUCAAUACGGUCUCUUCCCAAGCACGACUCAGCGUGCAUCCGGAUUGUUUGCGUAUUCCGACGCCUGCGUCGAGCUUGCAUGCGCGCCACUCUUCAUCGACGUAGCUAACGCGCUGGUGUCUUCGACAUUCUCUUUUUGGCGUGGCGAUAAGAAAAAAAAAGUCACCGGAAAGCCGAUCAUCUCCUCUACGGUAGGGUUCCGUAUCAACCCAGGAGGUACACAACAGGUUUUGCAUCGGGACGAUAAUGACUACCAUCCCCACGACAAGGAACUCCCGGUCAUGAUUGGCUGUGUGACUGCCCUAACGAAGACGACUAAGGAGAACGGAGCGACUGUUGCCAUUCCUGGGUCACACCUGUGGGAUCAGGAUAGGCAGCCUUUGGAGGAAGAAACGAUACCUGUGGAAUUAGAGCGUGGCGACGCCUUCAUCUUCCUUGGCAAUGUGUACCAUGGGGGCGGGGCGAACGUAACCAAGGACGAUUACCGAGAGACCGUUGGCAUUUUCCUCUGCAAGCCAACGUUGCGACCUGCUGAAAAUCAAUUCCUGAUGGUACCGCUCGAGAGAGCAAGGACACUGAAACCACAGGCUCAAAGAUUGCUCGGAUACGGCCUCUGCGAACCGGGAGUUGGCUUUAUGGAAUACUCGGACCCGACGAGGGUUCUUUUUGGGGUAGAAGAUGAGGAAACGGUGAACAUGUGAUUCAGGUACAAAGUCAACAAGCACUUCCACAAUCAAAAAACAAUGAAAGGCCCAGUUCCCGACUCCG